AUGGCAGCGGUAUCCGAAGAACACCUGCCGCCGCGUCCAUUUACGGCUGUGACUGCUGCUUCGGCUACCCCGACGACGGGGGGUUCGUCUCAGGGGCCGCUCGGCGGGGCCGGGGCCAACCCGCUGUCACGGAAGCUCCGCAAAGUGCUGGAGACACGAUUGGAGGCGGACAAAGAAAUGUUAGAAGCUCUCAAGACUCUUUCAGAGUUUUUUGUGGAAAACAGCUUGCGUACCAGAAGAAAUCUGCGUGGAGAUAUUGAGCAUCGUAGUUUAGCUAUCAAUGAAGAAUUUGUCCACAUUUUCAAACAAGUGAAAGAGGAGCUUGAAAACAUCAGUGAAGAUGUGCAGUUAAUGAGCAAUUGCUGCCAGGAUAUGACUAAUCACUUGAAGGCAACUAAGGAGCAAACUCAGGAUUUAAUUGUCAAAACAACAAAGCUUCAAGCAGAGAGCCAAAGGUUAGAAUUAAAAGCACAAAUAGCAGAUGCUUUCAUAGCAGAAUUCCAACUUUCUCCAGAGGAGAUGGACGUCCUGCGAAGCACCAGAGAUGGGCUAGUUACUGAAAAAUUUUUUAAAGUUUUGAGACGAAUAAAGCAAAUUCACAAUGAUGUCAAGAUUCUUCUGCGCACCAGUCAACAAAGAUCAGGCCUGGAGAUUAUGGAACAGAUGGCACUCCUCCAGGAGUCUUCUUAUGAACAGCUUUAUCGUUGGACACAAGGUGAAUGCAGGGCUUUAACACAAGAAACCUGUGAUGUUUCUCCAGUUCUAGCUCAGGCAAUGGAAGCUUUGCAAGACAGGCCUGUUCUCUAUAAAUACACUCUUGAUGAGUUUGGAACAGCCAGAAGAAGUGCUGUGGUCCGGGGCUUUAUAGAUGCUCUUACUAGAGGAGGUCCGGGAGGAACACCUCGACCGAUUGAAAUGCAUUCACACGAUCCUUUGAGAUAUGUGGGAGACAUGUUGGCUUGGCUGCAUCAGGCUACUGCUUCUGAAAAAGAGCACCUGGAGGCUCUCUUGAAGCACAUAACCACAGAAGGAGUGGAAGAAAAUAUGCAAGAAAUAGUUGGGCACAUCACAGAAGGUGUUUGCCGGCCACUCAAGGUUCGAAUUGAACAGGUGAUUAUAGCUGAACCUGGCGCAGUCCUUCUGUAUAAAAUUUCUAAUCUUCUCAAAUUUUAUCAUCACACCAUUAGUAAUAUUAUAGGAAACAGUGCAGCUAUGCUGUUAACUACAAUAGAAGAGAUGCACCUUUUGAGCAAAAAGAUAUUCUUCAACAGUUUGAGUCUCCAUGCGAGUAAACUGCUGGAUAAGGUUGAACUGCCACCUGCAGACCUUGGUCCAAGUCAUGCACUGAAUCAAACACUUGCUCUGCUGCGUGAAGUACUAUCAUCCCAUGACUCUUGCGUUAUUCCUUUGGAUACUCGUCAAACAGACUUUGGACAAGUUCUGUCUUGUGUGCUGGAUCCUCUGUUGCAGAUGUGUACUAUGUCUGCCAGUAACUUGGGGUCUGCUGACAUGGCAACCUUCAUGGUGAAUUCACUUCAUAUGAUGAAGACAAUGCUGGCUCUGUUUGAAUUCACAGAUAAAAGGCUAGAAAUGUUACAAUACCAGAUUGAAGCACAUUUGGAUACCCUUAUAAAUGAACAAGCAUCUUAUGUAUUAACUAGAGUGGGUCUAAGUUAUAUUUAUAACAUGGUACAGCAACACAAGACAGAGCAGGGUCCCUUGGCUAAUGUACCCAGUAUGGAUUCUAUGUCAUUAAAAGCUGCAAUGGUCCAGUUUGAUCGUUAUUUGUCUGCUCCUGAUGGCCUGUUAAUGCCACAGAUAAACUUUCUCCUGAGCACAGCCGUUAAACAACAGAUAAUAAAACAGUCCACAGAACUGAUCUGCCGAGCUUACACUGAACUGUAUGCAGCUGUGAUGAAUCCUGAUAAUGCUUAUAAAGAUCCGGAAACUAUAUUACAUAGAUCUCCUCAUCAAGUUCAGUCUCUUCUCUCCUAAUCUUAUCGCCCAAAACAUGCCUUUUAAAACAUGCUUGGGUUGCAGUUACGCAUGUAAUUAGCUGAAAUCCCAUUGACUUUUGUGGGGUGGUGUUAAAUUGUAUUGCUGGAUGACAGCUUUGCUGCAUGACAGCAUUUCAAGUAAUUUAUUACAAUUUGGGAAAGCUUUGUCCUAAUUCAGAUUACUUUUUAUUAUGAUGGUAAAAUAAAUGGUGGAACCAAAGCA